AUGGAGAGCCGCGUGCAGGACAAGAGGAGCUUCGGCUUCAGCAUCGACAGCAUUCUGACCUGUGCAGUGGUCUGGGGAAAGCGUGUGUUUUCAGAGGCGUGUCCGAGCGCAGGAUCCCCGGGUCUGACCGGUGUUCAGCGCAGGGUUCGGCGUCACCGCACCAUCUUCACAGAGGAGCAGCUGCAGGCGCUGGAGGAUCUGUUCACACACAACCAGUAUCCCGACAUACACACACGCGAACAACUGGCCCUCAAAACACAGCUGCGCGAGGAGAGAGUCGAGGUGUGGUUCAAGAACCGAAGGGCCAAAUGGAGGCGUCAGAAGCGUCUUCCCUUCAGUCUUCGAGGAGCGGACGAGUGGAUGAGCGUUAUUCACAACGACUGAUGAAGAAACCUGCGGCGAACACACUGAAGAUCAUCUGCUCCUCUUCAUUUCUUCAUCAGUCAGCCUGCUCAUGUGGGAGACCUUUCAGCUCUACACAGGCAUCAUACAGAUGAAGAUUGUGUCUUUGAUAUAAUUCCUGAUGAAUUAAUGAUCAGUUAGAUUAUAAACAAUGUUAUUGUAUGAUAUCACAUCACUACAGAUUUAU